GUGCACUCUCACUAUCGAUCAGCAGCAGGCGAUGAAGAGGAUCCAUACUGUUUACAACGAUUCGGCGUACAUUCGUGUGAAGUCGAUUUGAAUGGGAAGCAAGCCAAAUCAUUAGUGUUAAAUUUAUAUCCACCUUCAACAUUUCAUUCCGAAGGAUACGGCAGACUUCAAACUCCUUUGGCGUGUGAAGGGUCGAUUCGAGUGUUACGAUCAGUUUUCGACGAAUCGGCUGUAGCGGCUGCAGGAUCAGAAUCAAGAGGUGAUGAGCUUUUUGAACAGCACUACUUCAACGGGCGUGUUUCGUCGUCUUUAAAUGAGCAACUUCCAUUCGCAAAUGAUAACUGCGAGACGAUAAGAAGUCGAGACGGUUCGUCAGUGGCGCGUGAGGAGAAAUUGACGGCUAGUAUUAGUGUGUCACAGCCGUGCAUACCACUUCGUGAUUUUCAUGGCGUUUUCUCCGACGAUACUGUUUUGUGCAGUUACUCACUGAUGGCGAGCAAUGGCGAUGUGCUUAGCGACAUUGGCAAUGAAAUUUCAGCUCAAAUAGCUCUGCCUAACAGCGAUCCUCCUGUGCACCUACAGUUAACUAGAGAACGACAUGUGCUUGAAGAUGAUCGAAUGGCUGUUUACGUUAAUCGUAAAAUGGCAAAAAUUAACAGAAUAGAAAAUGCAGUAUCAUAA